AUGUCUCAAACAUUUUUAUUGGAGCCUGAUAUUAUAGCAGCGGCAGAAAAUGUUAUGCCAGAUCUCAAUAAUGAAUUGGUGCUAGCGAAGAAUUUCCUAAAACAACAAUGCGCCGCUACUGGAGAUACAUUAUACGAUCACCUGGUCGAUGUCAUCCACAAGAUCCUCUCACAGAAACCACCAGACGUAGUGGACCAGUUUGAGCAGUACUCCUGGGAAGUGAAGAACGAGAAGUUCCGCCCUAACUUUGACCUGCUCAAUGAUAUCUACCGCUCGCCUGAGCAAUUGCAGCUUGUUAGACGGGUUGAAGAGAUGUUUCAGCUGGUGGCCAGCAAAUCGCAGAGACAAGAAGACUUGGGUGAAGAGGAGCAGGAGUUGGACUUGGAGGAAGAUACCAUGAAGCCGAGAGUAGCGGAUCUUAUCGAGCAUAACUAUUUCUUUCGUGAGGGAGGUUACGGAUUGCCAGACAGCGAGUGCUACGCGAUUUACAUAGCCCUAAACAUGCUAGCCAUCAAGGAACCUGUCGCUACUGUUAGAUUUUUUGGGAAGAUUUUCGGUACCAGAAUAAACUACUAUGUGGCUGAAGUUGAUCUGACCAUAGAAGAGUUGGAACGGAGGAUUCGUGCAUUUGAAUUGAAAGAUAUGCCCGGUGAAGGAGAGGGAUUGGACGAGGAUCGCGCCCAGGAAGCUGCUGAAGAACAAAAGGAAUUAGUGGGUGAAGGUGGCGAAACCAAGGAAGAAAAGCCGAAGGGUCCAAUUCCUCCUAAAUUGCCCCCUGUACCUGUAUCCACUUGGUCACCUCCCAUACCCAUACCCGUUGAGAGACCUGGGCAAGGAGUUAACAAAAAGGCAUAUUACGUGUGCAACCAGCCAGGCGAGCCGUGGGUCUGUCUGCCGGACGUCACUCCGGAGCAAAUAAGAGUGGCCAGGCUUACGGUGCGAUGCAUGACUGGAGAUCUGGAUGCUGAGGUGCUCACGUUUCCGCCUUUCGAGGGCACGGAGCGCAACUACCUCCGCGCCCAGAUUGCUCGCAUCCAGGCCGCCACGUCGAUAUCCCCGCAGGGGUUCUACACCUUCGGCUCCGGGGAGGAGGAAGAGGAUAUUGAUAUGGAAGAAGGAGCAGGAGACCUGGCAUUCAAUCCCAACCCGUUUUACCAAGGCCACACAUUAAAAGAUCUUUUGGACCCCAACCUGACGUACUGGGUGCACCACGGGAGAUAUAUUCUGAAGCAGGGCAGAACCUUAUGGUGGAAUCCUAACGCUGGCAUGGAAGAAGGUAUCGAAGAAGAAGAAGACGAAGGCCCUCCUCCGGUAGAGCCCGAAUCAGGGCCUCUGCUGUUCUCUCCCCUGUCUGAUGAUGCUCGGAUUGAGGGCCUCGCCGCAUGGAGCACGCGCGUCAGCUCGAACCUGGUUCCAGAUCGCGCUAUUGCUGUGCUGAGGAGCAAUAUAUGGCCUGGCGCUAUUGCGUAUUCUACGGCUGGGAAAAAAUCAGAGUGCCUUUAUGUGGGCUGGGGUCUCAAAACCCAACCACCAAACUUCACGCCGCUGCAACUGCCCCGACCUCAGGAUGAAUACGUCAUCGGCCCCGAGGUCAUGGAGAUGGCUGACCCGACCUUUGCAGAUGAAGAGGCAUAUCGCAUCGCUCACCUACCCCCUCCCCCACCACCUGAGCUGCCAGGAGAAGGAGAAGGCUUCCCCCUCGAAGAAGAGGAAGAAGAUUAA